AUAUAUUGUCACAUUUGUAAACACAACAAGUAGGUGGUAUGGCUAUUUAUUUUCAUGGACUGCAGUAGCCUACACGUCCAAAACAGACGUGACUGAAUUUUAAGGGCGUCCCCGUGUUCCGUGUUUUACUAAUAACGUCGAUUCCUCGGAUAUUUCUCUCAAAGACUAUAAACUGUGUAAAGUCAUAUAUUAAAGUGUUCCCGAAGAAGAUAAAGAGCUAAUCGUGCCAACCAACUUAUUAAGGGGGAAAAUCACGCAGAUCCCUCAGUUUGUGAAUGUGGUGUAACUUUUCAGACGCUCCCUAAGCAGAUGGGCGCUCCCCUUGUUUCUUGGUGCUGAUGCAGGCAGCCAGAAGCGUCUAACCGGACAUCGCCUGCACUACAUGACACACUGGGGAGCGAUGCUCUGACAGUCUGCAGGCUUACUGAGACACAGGCCAUUGCCAUGGCGGUGUAUUCCAACUCCUUGGCCACGGCAAGUCCUACGUUUGAGCUGUGGUCCACGGUGUCAGUGGAUCAGGAUGUCCUGCAUUUGCUGGGCUCUGCGACUGAGGAGAACAGCACAGCAGAGAGGUGUUACCUCUCACACUCUCGGAGCAGUGUGCUUCAGGGGCUGCCCUUUGGUGGAGUGCCCACUGUCCUCGCCAUCAACCUAGUCCUCUGGCUGUUCCUCUUGCUGAUGUUCUCCUGCGUGAGGAAGGCUGCAUGGGAUUAUGGGCGUUUGGCUCUGCUGAUGGAGAAUGACAGCCUUACAUCACUUUUCUAUGGAGAACAAAGCGAGAAAGAGAAGUCUCCUUCUGAAACCAGUCCCUCAGACUCUGAGACCAAAGAUAUGGGCUUCUGCUCCUGGCUCACGUCUCUCUACCACAUGAAGGACGAAGAGAUCCGUAGUAAGUGUGGCAUUGAUGCAGUCACUUACCUGGCAUUUCAACGGCAUAUCAUCCUUCUCAUGGCUGUAGUGUGUCUGCUCUCGCUGAGUGUUAUCCUGCCUGUCAACCUCUCUGGGAGCCUCCUGGAGAACAGCCCUAAGAAUUUUGGUCGGACAACCGUGGCUAACAUUGCAGCACAGAACAGUUUUCUGUGGAUACACAGCAUCUUUGCACUACUGUACUUUGUAAUUACUGUGCUCUGUAUGGUCCACCACUCCUCACAGCUGGAAUACAAAGAGGAUGAGAAGGUAGCUAGAAGUUUAAUGAUCACUAACAUUCCUAAAGAGAUUUCUGACCCCGGCCUGAUUACCAAACAUCUCCACGAAGCUUACCCGAGCUGUACAGUCACAGACAUCUGCUUCUGUUUCGAUGUCCAAAAGUUAAUGGAGCUGGACUCUGAGAGGAGGAAAGCAAUGAAAGGGAGGAUGUAUUUCACUACCAAAUCACAGAAGGAAGGCAGGAUCAUGAUAAAGACACAUCCCUGUGCUCAGAUCCUCUGCUGUGAUUUAUGUGGAUUUGAACAGAUCGACGCUGAACAGUAUUAUAGUGAAUUAGAAGAGAAGCUUACAGAUGAGUUUAAUGCAGAAAAGAAUCGCAUUACCAUGAAAAGACUGGGCAUUGCCUUUGUCACUUUCAGAGAUGAGAGGAUGACUGCAGUAAUUGUGAAAGACUACAGGAGGGCCCGUUGCCGUCGGAAACCGCAGCAGUCCAGCAUCACUACAGUCGUGCACUCGCACCAGUGGGGCAUCCACUAUGCCCCUGCCCCCAAUGACAUCAUCUGGGAGAACCUGUCAGUAAGUGGCUCUCGCUGGUGGCUUCGAUGUGUUCUGCUUAAUAUCCUGCUCUUCCUCCUGCUGUUCUUCCUCACCACUCCUGCCAUUAUUGUCAACACUAUGGACAAGUUCAAUGUCACUCGGCCUGUGGAAAGCCUCCGGAAUCCGGUUAUCACCCAGUUCUUCCCCACUUUGCUUCUAUGGGCUUUCUCCGUUCUGCUCCCCUUCAUCGUGUAUUACUCUGCCUUCUUUGAGUAUCACUGGACCAGGUCCAGUGAGAAUCAGAUCACCAUGCACAAGUGCUUUCUACUGCUCGUCUUUAUGGUCAUCAUUCUGCCUUCUCUUGGUCUGUCCAGUUUGGAUUUUUUCUUCAGAUGGCUCUUUGACACUCACUUCCUGGAUCAGAAAGAUGUAAAGUUCCAAUGUGUAUUCUUGCCUGAUAACGGAGCGUUUUUCGUGAAUUACGUCAUCACAUCGAGUCUGAUUGGCACAGCGAUGGAGCUGUUGCGGAUUCCCUCUUUACUGGUUUACUCGCUGCGUCUUUGUUUCGCAAAAUCCAAAGCUGAACGCAUCCAUGUUAAACGAAGUCAAGCUUAUGAGUUCCAGUUUGGGUUAGAGUAUGCCUGGACCAUGUGCAUAUUCUCUGUUAGUAUGACCUAUAGCAUUACCUGCCCUAUCAUCGUACCCUUUGGGCUGUUGUAUCUGAUUUUAAAGCACUUGGUUGACCGCUACAACAUCUACUAUGCCUACAUCCCUACUAAGCUGAGUCAGCACAUCCACUCGGCUGCCAUCAGGCAGGUGCUUGUGGCACCGAUUCUCUGCAUGUUCUGGCUUCUCUUCUUCUCUGUGCUCCGACUUGGUCCAGUGCGACCCAUCACUCUGUUCACCUUCAUCUCUGUACUUUUGUGUAUCAUCUUUUCCGUCUUUGGAAUCUGUCUGAAAAAACUACAGCCGGACAGAUCAACAAGCUACCAGAUGUCUGACACAACCACAGAAGGAGUCUACAGUGAUAUAGAAAGAAGCACUGCAUCCACCACGACUACUGCGAAUCUCUUCAUAGCUUCGGUCUUACUGGAACCAGAGCUGGGUCUGACACCCAUGCCCUCUCCUGCCCACCAGAGUUAUGGCACCAUGGGUAACUGCCAGGCCUCGGUGCAUGAGGAAGAGGGGGCGGUUGGGAAAGAUGUGGAGGAGACAGUGGAGACAGAGCUUGAAGACACACCAGGACCUGUCUGCUCCAGCUCUCUGAUGGACAGCCCAGUAGACUACCAGUGACACCUACUCACCAUUACCAGCAAAAUAAAAGCCCCCUGCCUCACCUUAACUCGAGGCUUUUACUGAGGCAUAAUGCUGCAUUUUUUCCCUCCAAACCCCAUUUAAGGAGUGGAUCUGACACAGUGUGCGGCCACUCAGUUUCUCUCUUUUUCUGUCUGUCUCUCUGUCUGUGUCUUUCUCUCACAGUCUUUCUUGCUCUAAAGUCAUCUGUCUUCUUCUGUUUUCUUCUGUUUUUCUUGGGCCUUUCUUGAGGCUGAUGGCAUUUGGCACCAUUGCUGACGGAAGUAUAGAAAACUGGACCCUGUGCUUUGGAGGAGCUUUUCCUUGGCUCUGCUGAUUUCUAAGGUCAUGUCCUCACUUUAGUGUUUUUCUGUGCUUGUUCGAUGUGGCUCCAGAAAACCUGACCCAAUGCCCUUCUGUUUAAGCAGAAUGUCAGUGAAAUUGGACAUGGGAAGGAAUAUAUUUGUACUCGUUGAUAGUUGCUUAUCACUUAUCUUGAUUUUAAAAUGUAAUUUAAUACAAGGCUGUUUUUACUUACUAUUAGGGGUUUAUCUAAAGGUGUACAGUAUCACUUUUCAUUGAAGGGAUGUUGUGCUUGUUAUUAUUAUUAUUAUUAUUAUUAUUAUUAUUAUUAUUAUUAUUAUUAUUUUUAACAUUUAACUGUGAAAGUUUGAGUUUUUUUAAGCAUUUCGUCUUUUAUAUUUUACUGCAUCAAGAGUGUAGAAGUCAUUUCCAUCGAUCUUUAACCUGAUUGCUACACUGCAUACUCAUGUUUGUAGUCCAGUUAUCCCUGCAGUGCAAAUUCAUCUAUUUAGCUAGGACAAGAAAAACACAGAGAAUCAGUUGGAACAUACAGGAGUAUAAACAACAGGAUAAGCUAAUCAAAGUUGUUGUCCUUCAGCUGCUCCCUGUUCGGGUCUCCAUAGCAGAUCAUCUUAUCCGCAUUUUUGAUUUUAGCAAAUUGGAUGCCCUUCCUGAUGCCCUUCCAACUUGGCCAUUUUAUUCAGGCUUGGGAUUGGUACUGAGAGUUAAACCCUUAGUAGCUGGGUUGGUUCACUGCCCAAGAAUUAAACACAGGUCACUGUGGUGAGAGCAUGCCACUGGACCACCAUGGACAAUAAGCAAAUCAAAGUAUAAAACCCAAAUUGUUAACAUACAAAUUGACUAAAUUCCCUCAGUAUAUGAUUUAUUAGACAUGACCUUAAAAGUAAGCUCUAAGAGUGAAUAAAAAGCCAUUAUUAAACAGAUAUGAUAUUAAUAUUGCAUUCACAUAUCAUUGCCCAGGGUCAUUAUGAAAUCUACAAAAUCUUACACAUGAUCUGUUCAGUCUGCAGCACUCUCAAUUGGGUGAAGUGUUGCUCACCUAAUAUAACACUUUAAUGACCUUUGUAAGUUUUGUACUAUGCUGCUAGUGAUUAUACUGAAUGACUGGUUGGGAAAGGGGUGGGAGGGUUUUCUUGCCAAACUGAAUGCAAAUGAAUGUUUGUUUUGCGCUCUCUUGUCGUGCCUUGAAGAGAGAUUUGAAGAAGAAGAAAAAAACUUUUUUUUAAAUGUCUGACAAUCCAGCAUGGCCUGUGAUAUGCUGCAUGGACUGGUGACAACAGAGCAGGAGAUUACAAAAGUGCCAAAAAGUCCAGUACGUACAGUACUUUAGUCACACAGAUGCAUACACAAUGAUCGCCUUAGCACUUAAUUGUAAAUUCUCUCAUAAAGCACAACAUCCAUCUUCACAGCCACAUUCAGUUCUCUAAUUCUCUUCCUUUCUUCAGUCCUAUUCAGAUAAACAGGACAACACACCUGAGAGAUGCAGACGGAAUAUUCAUUUGAUUUGUUUGAUACAUUUGUGCUGACUAUAUUUACUAGCAUCCAGUGUGUAGAAUUUGUUUUGUUUACCCAGUGGAGGUUUGUGGGUUGUGAGGUUUGUGUGUAUGACAGGGAGCACUUUGCAGGAUGAGCUGCUGUACCGUAUCCCACUGUACCGUAUCUCACUGCACUAUAGCAAAAGAUAAUAAAAUAAAACUGCAAACAA